AUGGAAGAGCCUUACGACACAAAGGAGGGCCGAAGAGGCAGAGGCGUAGAGUUCUGCUGCCUGAGCUACCCGCUCGUCAAAGCAGGAGCUUACCUGAUCCCGCUCGAGUUCGCCUUUGUCUCUGGGUGCAUCAUCGUCCUAAGCGCCACAACCCCGACCAUCGUUGCAGCCGUCGACACCCUACCCCGUGUCUUCUCGCUGACCUUGCUCAUCUUGGCAAUCCUCACGCUCGCCUGGCAAGUGAUCGGUCUGAUCACGGUGCGCACGGAGAUGAGCUCGAUCUACCGCCUCUACAUCCGGAUCAACACGCUUCUGGUGCUUAUCAUGACGACGGUGGCUACCAUAGGAACGGUGGUGAUUGCAACUAAGCAUAAACAGUCGCAGGAGGUGUGCACGCGGAUUUAUGGAAAUCCGCCGCUCAACUCGUCGACCGGGGUAUCGUUUGAUGCGCUGAACUCAUUUGCUCCGGGCAAGCACAUUUGCAACUACUUUUUGUGGGCGCAGGUGGCUGCCAUGGGUGGAUUGGUGGCAAUCUUAUUCUUGACUCAGGUCUACUUCUGCUACUGCCAACGGGCGUACGGUCAAAAGCAGCGGUCGGCUCUUGUUCACUUGGAGGGCUAUCACAAAGAAACCGAGGACGGAGACACGUCUUCAGAUGCUCUGAGCCCCACGUCUCGGAGCAGCACGUACAACAGCUCUCUGAACCAUGCCGGAUCGUUCCCCAAUCCGUACAGAGCUUGA